UGCAGAUGCCAGUAUGGAUGGCAGGGACAGUACUGUGACAAGUGCAUUCCUCACCCGGGAUGUGUCCAUGGCACUUGCACUGAACCAUGGCAGUGUCUGUGUGAAACGAAUUGGGGUGGUCAGCUCUGUGACAAAGAUUUGAACUCCUGUGGAACAUAUCAACCUUGUCUAAAUGGAGGCACCUGCAGCAACACCGGCCCUGACAAAUACCAGUGUUCCUGUCCGGAGGGCUACUCGGGGCAAAACUGUGAAAUAGCUGAACACGCCUGUCUGUCUGAUCCUUGCUACAAUGGUGGAAGCUGUAUGGAGACCACGGGAGGCUUUGAAUGCAGCUGUGCUCCAGGAUGGAUGGGACCAACCUGCACCAGCAACAUUGAUGACUGCUCUCCAAACCCAUGUGGGCACGGUGGUACCUGCCAGGAUCUGGUAGAUGGAUUUAAAUGUAUUUGUCCUUCCCAAUGGACUGGCAAGACGUGCCAGAUAGAUGCCAACGAGUGUGAAGUCAAACCCUGUGUGAAUGCAAACUCUUGCAGAAACCUCAUCGGCAGCUACUAUUGCGACUGCAUCCCUGGCUGGACGGGUCAAAAUUGCGACAUCAAUAUCAAUGAUUGCAUUGACCAGUGCCAGCAUGGGGGAACUUGCAGGGACUUGGUUAAUGGCUUUCGCUGUAUCUGUCCGCCCGGCUAUGCAGGGGAGCGCUGUGAGAAAGACGUCAAUGAAUGUGCCAGCAACCCUUGUAUGAAUGGGGGUCACUGCCAGGAUGAAAUCAAUGGAUUUCAAUGUCUCUGUCCCGCUGGUUUCUCUGGAAACCUCUGUCAGUUGGACAUAGAUUACUGCAAGCCCAACCCUUGCCAGAACGGAGCCCAGUGCUUUAAUCUCGCCACCGAUUACUUCUGUAACUGCUCCGAGGACUACGAGGGGAAGAACUGCUCACAAUUAAAAGAUCACUGCCGCACUACUCCCUGCGAAGUAAUUGACAGCUGUACGGUUGCAGUGGCUUCCAACAAUACCCCAGAGGGGGUGCGGUACAUUUCCUCCAAUGUGUGCGGACCACAUGGCAAAUGUAAGAGCCAGCCUGGAGGCAAAUUCACCUGCGAGUGCAACAAGGGCUUCACUGGCACAUACUGUCAUGAAAACAUAAAUGACUGUGAAAGCAGCCCUUGUAAGAAUGGAGGAACGUGUAUCGAUGGGGUGAACUCUUACAAGUGUAUUUGUAGUGAAGGAUGGGAGGGGACCUACUGCGAAAUAGACAUAAAUAACUGCAGUAAAAAUUCUUGCCACAAUGGAGGUACUUGUCGGGACUUGGUUAAUGAUUUCUACUGUGAAUGCAAGAAUGGGUGGAAAGGAAAGACCUGCCACUCCCAGGACAGCCAGUGUGAUGAGAACACCUGCAACAACGGGGGCACCUGCUACGACCAGGGGGAUACAUUUAAGUGCAUGUGUUCUCCUGGAUGGGAAGGCACCACUUGUAACAUUGCAAGAAACAGCAGCUGUUUACCAAAUCCUUGCUUCAACGGUGGAACUUGUGUUGUCCACGGGGACUCUUUCAUUUGCGUCUGCAAAGAAGGCUGGGAAGGUCAAACAUGCUCUCAGAAUACCAAUGACUGCAACCCACAUCCAUGCUACAACAGUGGAACAUGCGUAGAUGGGGACAACUGGUAUCGAUGCGAAUGUGCACCCGGAUUUGCUGGUCCAGACUGUAGAAUUAAUAUUAAUGAGUGCCAAUCCUCCCCAUGUGCUUAUGGAGCAACAUGUGUAGAUGAAAUUAAUGGUUACCGUUGCAUCUGUCCACCUGGCCGUAGUGGUCCAAAGUGUCAAGAAGUUACAGGAAAGCCUUGUCUAAUUAAUGGACAUGCUACGCCAGAUGGAGCCAAAUGGGAUGAUGACUGCAACGCCUGUCAAUGUCUCAAUGGAAAAGUUGCCUGCUCCAAGGUGUGGUGUGGCCCUCAGCACUGUGACUUAAACCAUAAAAGUCGCAAUGAAUGCCCUCCCGGACAGUCUUGUGUUCCCAUUAAAGACAACCACUGCUUCGUUCCUCCCUGCACUGGAGCAGGGGAGUGCUGGCCUUCCAAUCGGCCCUCGCUGAAGACCAAAUGUAACGCUAAUGCCAGCUAUCAAGACAACAGUUGUGCAAACAUCACUUUCACCUUCAACAAAGAGAUGAUGUCACCGGGCCUCACUACAGAGAGCAUUUGCAAUGAACUGAGGAAUCUGAACAUCUUGAAGAAUGCUUCAGCUGAAUAUUCCAUCUACAUUACCUGCGAGCCAUCUCCUUUGGCAAACAAUGAGAUCCAUGUGACUAUAUCUGCUGAUGAAAACAGAGAUGGUAGGAAUCCUGUUCAAGAAAUCAUUGAAAAAAUAAUUGACCUUGUGAGUAAACGAGAUGGAAACAACACUUUCAUCGCAUCAGUGGCAGAAGUCAGAGUACAGACGCAGAGUAAGAACAGAACAGAUUUCCUUGUACCCUUGCUGAGCUCCAUUCUGACCGUGGCCUGGAUUUGUUGCCUGGUGACAGCUUUUUACUGGUGUAUCCGGAAACGGCGAAAGCACACCAGCCAGGGUCACGCGGCCUCUGAGGACAACACCACAAACAACGUGCGGGAACAGCUUAACCAGAUCAAAAACCCUAUUGAAAAACACGCAGCAAACAGCGUCCCCAUUAAAGACUACGAAAACAAAAAUUCUAAAAUUGCAAAAAUAAGGACACACAACUCAGAAGUGGAAGAAGACGACAUGGACAAGCACCAGCAGAAAAGCCGAUACGUCAAGCAGCCAGCCUACACGCUGGUAGACAGAGAUGAAAAGCCACCUCUUAGCACUCCCACAAAACAACCAAACUGGACAAAUAAACAGGACAACAGAGACUUAGAAACAGCACAGAGUUUAAAAACCGGAUGGAGUACAUUGUAU